UACAUGUAAUACAAACAUUUUCGAGAAAUGAGUAAUUUGUACGCUUACAUAAUUGGUAAGAUAAAAAUACAUUAUGUAGCUGUGAGUUCAACUUUCAUUUCGUGAACAGUAGGGAACAAGUGUAUUAAAUUCAUUCACCAGACCCAAACAUACACAAGUUUCAAAUCCACUGGCUCAGUUAACGUUUAGUAAUGAUAGUAAUAAUACCUAUUUGCCUCUCCACAGAAUUCCCACUGUCAGUUGUUUUUCUCCCCAAUUUAAACAGUCUCCGCACCCUUGGCAUGGACACACUGUUGCACAGCUGGUCGCUGGGCCUUUGCAAGUAUGCAUUUCCCCAGUGAGUCUUCUUGCACAGACAUGCCUGUGCUUUGAAGUGGAACCUCUUUGUCGCUUGGUUUUUGUUAUGUCGUGAAGACCCUCGGAGAUGCCCGGAAGAGUCAAUGCUUUUUACUUUCUUCAGUAAGGGUUGGAACAAAGGCUCUCUCCUUCCACCCCGAAGGUCUAUAUGGCCGCCGUUUCAUCUCACCAUGACCCUGUUGAUUAAGUUGUUGUAAGUUUCUUGGGAAGCAUGAUCUGGUCAUCAGAUUCCUGAGAGGGGCCAGGAGGCUUAAUCCGCCUCGCCCUCAUCAACUUCCUUCUUGGGACAUCGCAAUGGUUCUAUCUGCACUGCAAAGGGCUCUCUUCGAACCCUUUCUCUCAGUAGAACUGAAGUUUUAGCAUUAAAGACUGCGCUCUUGACCGCUUUGGCUUCGGUUAAAAGGGUUGGGGACCUGCUGCAGGCAUAUUCAGUUGACGUAUCGUGUCUGGAAUUCGGGUCGGCCAACUCUCACGUUAUCUUGAGACCACGGCCUGGAUAUGUGCCCAAAGUUCCCACCACUCCUUUUAGAGUUCAUGUGGUGAACUUGCAAGUGCUGCCCCCGGAGGAGGCAGACCCAGCCCUGGUGCUGCUCUGUCCAGUAUGUGCCCUCCGGACCUAUGUAGACAGAACUCAGUACUUCAGGACCUCAAACCAACUCUUUGUUUGUUACAGAGGCCAGCAGAAGGGAAAGGAUGUCUCCAAGCAGAGGUUUUCCCACUGAAUAGUAGGGGUGGCACGGUUCACCCCACACGGUUCGGUAUGCGCUGGGACCGUGGUUCAACUUAAAUCUGACAAAGUAUCUGUAGUAUGGUUUGCUAUAAAUAGCAAGUAAAACAAACUGCUAUUGGUCAGCCCCUGUUUUGUACUAGGUGUCUCCAUGUGUUGCGAUUUCCCCUUUUUGGGCCAUCUCACGUCUAUUUUUCCACAGUAAGUCUCUUGGUAGGAUGUGUCUUUCCCUUGGCAAGCCACUUUAACAUGUCUGUCAUUGAAACAGUCCACCCUGCGGGCUGGGUACCUCAGAGAUUCAUGUGUAUCACCCCCACGCGGUUGGUAUCUGCCCUUGGAAGUCCUCCUACGAGCAGACAGUCUGCUAACAUACGUCCAGCUGGAACAUGCUACCCAGUGUCUUCUGUGUCUGGUAUAGGCCCUCACUCGUGCAGGCCUCACAAAAGGGUGCUAUCACUUUUACAGUUCACUGGAAGACAGGCCCCAUUCGUCAGUCUCUUUCUGACCUAAUGUCGAACAUGACCGACUGAAAGGGAAUGUCUAGGUUACAUAUGUAACCCUCGUUCCCUGAAGGAGGGAAUGGAGACGUUACGUCCCCGUGCCACAUCGUUGUUUCACUGGUCACAUAGCUCAGCUCCUCAGCGAAGACUUGAAUGCAAGUUUCUCGCACUGCAAACCUACCUGUGAUUUUUCGAAUUAUCCUAAAGACACUGAAAACUCAGGUGUGCUUGAUUAGGGUUAGAGCUAAACUCUGCAGGAAAGUGGAUCUUGUGAGCCAGAUUUAAGGAUCACUGGUUUAUAGUUCUAGUGCAGGAGGCGGACGCUUUGGAUUCUAGAGAUCCAAUGAUUGGUUAAAAGACUUGAUGAGUAGAUGAAGUAUGAUGUGACGUGGAAAAAUUUGUUGAGCCAUUUUGGCAGAAGAGAUGAACCGCAACCUUUGAAUUCUUACAUGUUCUUCUAAAUGUAAAUUUUGUCACUGUUUUGGAGCACACUGCCUUAUAGAUAACCUUAACUAACACAUUGAUGCUAACACCCCAAAAAAACUUUAAUUUAGACUUCAUGGAGACUUUAAACAAGGGAAAUUAUAGCAGGUUUCAUCCAUAUGUUAGUUUAAACGUCUGCGUUUCUUAAAAUUGCAUCUUUGGCAACAUUAUUAUAUAAAAAUUAUUUGUAUUCCGAUUCUGACAUCUAAAGGCACAUUUAUCUUAUUCCAUGGAUUUCACCCUUUUCCCUCCACUACCAGUGUUUUUCUGACACCACAAUGCGCGCGCAGCUGCAAGUGACGUAACUGUGACGUGCUUCUUUACUUUGAAUCAGAGGCGAGUGGAAGCUGCUGAUCAUUUUAAUGCAGAGAGUUUAUUGAGCGGAUUAAAACGCCUCUUUCAUAAGAAAUGAACAUGAGUCGAAAUGCACGUGACUGUGAGCGGACGACUUUUAAGCGACAGCAUCUGAGUCUGUCAGACCUAAAAGAAAUGGAGUUACAGCAUGGAUACCUGUAUAAGAACAAUAUCCCUGCUUAUCCUGAAUCUGUGGAGUUCUGUAUUCAGAAAGUGUCUCAUGUCACUGGAGAAAGUGGUCUUAGGGCUAUUUUUCUCGAUUCAGGUUUCAGACAGCCACCGCACCUGGUAGAUAAUGAUCAGCCCCAUUUCCUCUGGUGGAGUUUAGCAGUCACACCUGAUGACAUAUACUCAGCUGAGGAGCGCUUCCUCACGUCUUUAUUCCCUCAUCGAAGUUCUGCCCAAAUUUACAACCAGCCACCCGUCCUUGAGCACUUCACCAGCUCAAAGGCAUUCCAGGAGAAAUCUUCCUAUGGAAACUUUUGCUUCACUUUUUCACUGAAGGAGCUUCUCUGGCACUACAGCAAGCAGUUUUGUGGUGACCAAAGUCCAGUUCUGCGUGUGUAUGAGACUGUGCUUUUCAAACAAGAGAUUCAAUAUACAGUUGUAGUGCAUCCUCGGCAUGUAAACCUUUACGAUGAUUUAAUGCGACUUCCAAGUCAGAGUGAUGGUGUGUGUGGGUACCGUAAGGGGGCCAUGUGGUGGCGAUGUCAAGCCCCCUCUGAUAUCUAUAAUAAAAGGCUUGAAGUGAAGCGCUAUGAUGGAGGAAUUGAUGUGAGACCUCAUCACAAAGAUGAAUACUACGUCUGGGAUCAUGUGUGUGUAGCUUUCCACAUGGAACCGGGGUGGGUGUUGAACGUGGAUCGGAACAGACUGUUAAAAAGGGUGAAUGCAUGUGAAGUGUCUCCUCCAUGUCUUCUGAGACCUCCGGAGACUCCAUUGAGUUUAAACGAGGCUAAACGUAAAUUAGUUGAUAUUAAGGCCGAAUUUGGCUAGACUGAAACUACUGAUAGCACAUACAUCAUGUACAUAGCACAUAUACCAUGGAGACAUCUAUUUGACGUCUGCAUUUACAUCUGCAAGAUAUAUUCUUUUAGAGUGUUUGGUCAUCUGCAAUAUUGGACGUUUCCUAUCAGAUGUCAAGUGGACGUAAAUUAGAUGUCUUUGUGUAUGAUUUAGAAUGUACGUGAAACUGACAUCUGAAAGACGUCUGUCCGUCGUUUGUAGACAGCAGUUCUUUUUCAGAUCAAGAGAUCUUUAACAGACAUCUUGCAGCCGUAAUUGUGCAAUCUGUAGAUAUUACAUUCUCAAGGAAUUGCAAAGAAAUUAAUGAUUCUAUGCAUGCUAGUUACAUAAUUUACACCAGUUGCCUUCAUUAAACACCAUAAAUUCACAGCUGUCAUUAAAAAUACAAAGCCUUACUUACAAAGCAACACAUUUUUCAUUGCUUUUUUCAGUCACUUUGAGGCAUUUAUAGUUUUUUAUAUUUCAUACCCAGUGUAAACCUGGCUAUAACAUAAUCAACAUAUUCUGAGGCUGAUGUUUGAGGGAUUAUUAAUGCGCCUUUGCACUGAUAGACACAAUUAAGUGAAGAAUGAAACCCAACUAAGCAUUCAUGCAGAUAAUGGUUCAAUAAGCUUUUAAAAUAUAAUUAACUUUUCCGUUUUACAUGUAUGUUCACAUUGUAUCUACACCAAACAUAUUUUGUACAAACAAUUUUAAAAGAUGCACUUUUAAUUCUCUCCACCAGAGGUCUAUGUUGUCAGGCUGGUUAUUUUGCAGUCACAUUUUUACUUAAACCUUGCUUAUAUUUUCUUUCCUUAUUAUUGCUUUGAUUUUUAACUGUAAUUGUUUUUCUUUUAAGCAUGUUUUUUAAUGUUUAUUAUGUUUCUUAAAUGAAAGAGUUUAAUCUAAUUUACUUAAAUCUAAUGUCUUUUUGCACUAAGGGUUUUAAAUGAUUAACUUUGACAUUGAUGAGUGAUGUUAAUCACUUAAUGUGAAGUUGGUGUAUUGCUAAACCAAUAAAUAUGACUAUACCACA